AUGGAUCGCCUGUACCACACCACUGUCGAGCCGGUACUCUUGCGAGAGUGCCAGCAAGGCGGCGAAGAAACAGCGGCGGCAAAUCUCACAACUGCGCUUCACCGGGUACCAAAGGUGGAUUUGCACUGCCACCUUAACGGUAGUGUAUCGGCGCCGCUGCUGGCGCACCUCGAGCGGCUCCUCAUUCAUGGCGGUGCCCCGGCGAGUGGGCCGGAUAGGGGCAACGGCGGCGGCAAGGUCGGCGAUGACGAGGCGAGUCACACCUCCUUCUUCAACUCUCAAGAGAAGCGGAAGCAUAAUGGGCUCACGGCAUCUCCGGCGGACAGGACCGGCGGGGCAGCGGCGGCCACGCCAGCAGAGCUGAUGCACCGAUGCUUCACCGUCUUCGAGGCCAUCUACACCGUCAUGACAAGUCUCGCGUUCACCCGGCUGGCUGUUCAAGACGUGCUCUUCGCCAGUGCUGCGGAAAACAUUCUCGUGAUGGAAAUUCGGACGUCGAUGCGAGACGGAAUGCGGCGCACUUUCCGACAAGACGUGGCCGACGAGGAGGUGACGAAAGAGAUGUACGUGGACACGGUCACCAAGACCGUCGAGCACCUACUCUGUGGUGGAUUGGUUGACUUAGCGACGGGUGAGCUGCUGUCUGCAGAGGCGUCGGCGCACGUCUUGGCGUGGGGUAAGGCCUCUCUGAAGCACGACUGCACAGCGAAAGACGAGGCCAGUGAAGAAGGGGCAGCGGCGCAGUGGUGGCAGUUGUACGAAAACAUCUACUGCAGCCUCCUGCAGCCGGAGUCGGGGGCGUCAUGCAUCCAAGAACGCCGCCGAUACUUUCUCGACCACAUCCUCUCGAACCUAACGGAGCGCAUGCACGUGCGUCUGCUGCUCUCCAUCAACCGUGGCGCCACUGAGGCGGCCGCCUGGGAAGCGGUGCGGCUCACCACGAAGACACAGCAGCGGCAGAUAAUGGAGUUCCACUCGUGGUGCAUGGUCCACAUGUGGGGCCGCAACGGCGGAGGAACGGGGCACGACGCGGGCAUUCGCCAUUCUUCAUCUCUGGGUUCGCGAACCGAUGCGUCCCUCUUCCCCUCUUUUCUUCAUCGCCGACUGCGCCAGACGUGCUGGGUCACCGGCAUGGACCUCUCGGGCAACUGCUACAAGGGCACGUACAUGGUACUGGAGCCGGCGCUAGCCGCCGCGCGGAAAGGUGGGGCAGCAGUGCAGGAUAGCAACGGCACCGACACCAGCAGCAGCGACAUACGCGUGACGGCCUCCAUCACUAUUCACGCAGGAGAGAAGCAGGACCCACAGGAACUGCACGAAAUGGUGCUGUUCGCUCCGGAGCGAUGGGGCCAUCUCGUCUUCACGGACAACACAAGCCUAUCUGCCAUUCUCGCGGCGCAGCAGGGGAUUGAGCUGUGCCUCACAAGCAAUCUGCUGACGGGAGGUCACUCUCACGUUGUGGAUCACCACCUCGGUGGCCUCCUCCAGCUCUGGGAAUCCAUGCCAGAGAGUCGGGGCGGCGUCGAAGAGGGCACGAACUCAUUUCCGUGCUACGUCGCCACAGAGGCGGUCCGUCUUGCCCAUAGGGAGGCACGCGCAAUGCGUCGCUGUGGCGGUCCCAUCACCGUGUCCGAGUCAUCAGAAACAGCGAAUGCUGACAGCGGCGAUACAGCGAGCACGUUUGUCUUGCCGAACAUCUCCUUCCACACGGAUGACAGAGGUGUCUUUGGCACUACACUGUCCAAGGAGCUGCACUUGGCCUCCCAGCACCCCGCCAUUGGGCAACUGUGCAAUCGGCUGACGGCGACUGUGGCGGGUGUGACCAACGGCGAUGCAGCGUCGCAGACGCCGUCCGCAGCAACCCUUGCGCACUUCUUCUGGCUGUUGGAGCGUCUGUCCCUGGCACAGGUCUUCGAGCUGCCGUUGCCAGUGCAGCUGCUCGCAGCCGCCCUCCAUGACUCCUACUCAUGCGUAUCCGAGCCGGCCGCCGCUUAUGAAGGCUGUGCGCUCGGCGUGCUACAGGGAGCGGAGAUGGGCGACUGGCGCGACUGGGAGUCAUUUGUGCGUGUGUGCAACAGCAUUGCUGCCUCACCUGUAGACGCAACGACGGCGCCGUCGGUGACACCGCUGCCAUCGCGUCUAAGUCGGUGGGAGUGGGCGUGGCUCACUAAGUGCUUUGACCGCUACUACGACUAG